AAUAGUGUAGCUAAAAAGAACGUAUCACAUGUUUCUACUUAUUAACUGCACUUUCUGUACCUCUUGCAACUUCUCUCUGUCUCUAGGAAGGGACAGACUUCAUACAGUUUUGACGAAUGAUAAAUCGCGCCGAACCGAAACUGUUCGUUAUAAAUUCACAUAUGCAUACAACAUGGUUGUAGAGGCAUUCUACAGCGGGACUCCAAUGUCAGAGAAAAUUCAGCACGUAUCGUUCGAUAGAGUAACGAAAAAUUGUAUUAAUAUACCUCCAUUAAAAAUACACAAGCUUUGUGUGACGAAGCACAAUAUUUAAUCCUACCAUGAUCUGGCUUUUGUUCUUUGUCAUUCAUGUAGUAUCAGCCAAUACUAGUAACUUAGUAUUGAGAAAUUUAGGUGAAAAGGAAUAUUCUCUGCUAAAAGCAAAAUCAUUAUCACAACAUGGAAAAUGUUGGCAUUCUGCACUUCAAGCUUUGAAGGGUACUUGUGACAAGUUGAAUGAUCAUGAGCAUUCUCUUCUUGCUUUGCACUUAGCAAAUUGUUUCUUAGAAGACUCUGGACAUACUACUUAUAGCUGUCAUCUUAGUCAAUCAGAAGAUGAGCGUCGUACAUGCAUCAGUGGUAUGGUUGACCGAGCCUUCAAUGUUUACAAUGAAUUUUACACACAUGCAACACAUAUCUGCUUCUUCUUGAAUCAUGAAGCUUGGCAAGCUGAAGUCGAUAAUACCAUAAAAUUAUUGUUUCAAGUAUCUUCUCGAAUGAAGGAUCAACUUCUGGAAGCAUCAGAGAUGCAAAGUGUUAUAUUGAACAGUCAAAAAGAAGGAUUGCGUAUUCAAAAUGAGCUUUUGGAUCAUGGUAAAGAACUUGGGUCUGUAUUGAAGACUUCAUCCGAGACAGUUAACAAUAUGGUAGUAGAUUUCAAAGAGUCAGCCAAAGAUCAAAAGGAGUUGCUCUAUGAAAUCUUUUCUUAUAUACGUACUUUCCAAAGCUGGAUUAUUGGAGAAGUCUCCUGGUUUCAAUCUAUUAUAUUUUAUACUGUCAGCUGUAUUCUUUGUGCACUGUUCAGUUCCUCUAGAAGAACUAUCGACGCGCGAGUUACGCUGUUUACUAUUUUAAGCUUGAACAUAGUAGCUGAGAGAAUAUUGGUACAGUACUAUGAUAAUAUUGUACAUCAAUCUCCAGAUGAUAAAGCACAACUCUUGAGUACAACAUGGUUGUACAGGAAAAUCGCCUUAACACUCUGUGCUGUAACAUUAUUUUGUACAUAUUAUUAUUAUAAAGAUGAGCAGUUGGAAAACUUUAAAACUUUACAAAGAAUUGAACGACAGUUGAAUGUCAUACAGAAGAUUACAACCGUCUCCAAUAAUACUCAACAAAUUCAGACAUCGACGGAGGAGAGCCUACAGUACAUCAGGCAAUCUCUGAAAUCAGACGAGAUGGAUCAUUUGGAAGGAACUCAUUUCGACAGACAUAUUCCGCAUGUAUUCGUUAUUCUCGGAGCAUCUGGUGAUCUCGCCAAGAAGAAGAUCUAUCCGAUCCUCUGGUGCCUCUUCCGGGAUAAUCUCCUGCCGAAACCCACCGUAUUUUUUGGAUAUGCCAGGUCCCCAUUGACGGUGCAACAAUUGCGCGCGCAAUGUGAUUCGUACAUGAACGUGAAGUCGGACGAGGUGGAGAAGAACGAACAGUUUUGGAAGUUGAAUCAUUAUGUCUCGGGCAUGUACGACUCGCACAACGACUUUGUGAAUCUGAAUAACAAAUUAAACAAAUAUGAACAGGGAGACGUCGCACACAGGAUCUUUUACUUGGCACUACCACCGACUGUAUUCCAGACCGCUACGGUACACAUAAAAAGCCACUGUAUGGGAGAGAAAGGAUGGACGAGGAUCAUCAUCGAGAAGCCGUUUGGUUUCGAUAUGGCUUCGUCGAAAAUGCUCUCCGAUCAUUUGGCGUUGUUGUUCAGCGAGGAGCAGAUCUAUCGUAUCGAUCAUUAUCUUGGCAAGGAAAUGGUGCAGAAUCUGAUGACUCUGAGAUUUGGCAACAGGGUGUUCAAUCCAACGUGGAACAGAGACAACAUAGCGUCAGUGCAGAUCACUUUCAAAGAGCCAUUUGGUACUGAGGGUAGAGGCGGUUAUUUCGACGAGUUCGGCAUCAUCCGCGAUGUGAUGCAGAAUCACUUGCUGCAGAUAUUGUCUCUGGUAGCUAUGGAGAAGCCCGUUUCUUGCCAUCCGGACGACAUCAGGAACGAGAAGGUGAAAGUUUUGCGAUGUAUCAAAGAACUAGAGCUUGAGCAAGUGGUUCUUGGUCAGUAUGUCGGCGACUCUGAAGCAGAGGAUCCGAGUGCGCGUUUGGGCUACUUGGACGAUCCCACGGUACCGUCCGACUCAAACACACCGACAUUCGCUUCCGCGGUAUUGAAGAUAAACAAUGAAAGGUGGGACGGAGUACCAUUCAUUCUCAGGUGCGGGAAAGCUCUGAACGAGCGAAAGGCCGAAGUUAGAGUCCAAUAUCAAGAUGUACCUGGUGAUAUCUUCGACGGGAAAGCGAAACGGAACGAGUUGGUGAUAAGGGUGCAGCCUGGAGAAGCGUUGUAUAUCAAAAUGAUGACGAAAUCGCCCGGCAUCACGUUCGACAUGGAGGAAACUGAACUGGAUUUUACUUAUAACAAUAGAUAUAAGGGCUUAAAAUUACCGGACGCAUACGAGAGAUUAAUCCUGGAUGUUUUCUGUGGAUCGCAAAUGCAUUUCGUACGAAGCGAUGAACUAAACGAAGCGUGGCGUAUAUUUACGCCGUUAUUGCACCGAAUUGACCGAGAAAAAAUCCGGCCGAUUCUUUACAAAUACGGAUCUCGAGGGCCGAAAGAAGCCGAUGACAUGGCAAAGAAAAAUAAUUUCGCUUAUUAUGGUUCGUACAAAUGGGUAAAACCGUGACACCUGCAUCAACUACUGUGAAAAGAUAUUUAUAUCACACGAAAUGUAAAUCCUGACACAAUUUUAUGGCUCAACCAACAUAAAACUUGUAAUCGUCACAUUCCGUAAUUUUGAUGCAGUUUUAUAUUUCUACAAUUUUAUAUAUAUUUUUACAUACAAAUCUAUCUUUUUAUCUGAUCUAUAAUCGUUUAUAUUCUGCAUUUUUAUUGUGAUCUCCGUGCAGAAAGAUCUAGACGAAUUGUAUCGAUGUUAUCUUCGAGAGAUUAUUUUAGCAAAGAAAUAAAUAUCGCAUUUUCUAUUUAUGUA